AGAUUUUCUCUGGGAAAUCUCUCUCUCUCUCUCUCUCUCUCAUUGACAACAUGAUGGCGAAGGUCCUCGUUGUGUUCUUAGGCUUGGCUGCCCUCGUGGCCGCUGACAGCUUCGAAAGAUACUCCUAUUCCGCCCCACGGGCAAGAUUCUCCUCUGGCUCCGCCGAGUCCUUCGAGUCCGGUGAGGCUCGUUACAACUUCAACUGGGCCGUCAACCACGGCCCCUCCCGCAACGACUUCGGACACGAGGAAGCCGGUGACGGAGAGAACACCCAGGGAUCCUACUUCGUCCACCUCCCCGACGGCCGCCUGCAGAAGGUGGCCUUCCGUGCCUCUGAUGACGACGGAUACAUCGCCGAGGUCACCUACUCCGGUGAGGCUCAGUUCCCCGACUCCUUCGAAUCCUACGAGUCCCGCGAGGCUCCCAGGAGGUUCUACUAUGGCUCCAACGAGUCCAAGUAAAUCUCUUCUUUCCCAUGACCUGAGAAUACGUACAAGUCUUAUUGCCUCUGAUGUAAUUUAUUCAUUUAUUUAAAUAAAAAUGCAAUA